AAUGGUAUUCUCAAAUUAGGGUUUUUCCUCACAAGAUUCACAAAACCCUAACUAUAUAUAAACUCAAAACGCCAAACAAUAGAACUUUAGGGAAAUCUCGGCAAUUCAUUUCAGCUGGUGGGAAGAGUGUUUCAAGCUGAACAAAAUGCCGAAGCAGAUUCAUGAGAUCAAGGACUUCCUUCUCACCGCCAGAAGGAAGGAUGCUAGGUCUAUCAAAAUCAAGAGGAGCAAGGAUGUCGUAAAGUUUAAGGUCCGCUGCUCGAAAUACCUUUACACCCUAUGUGUGUUCGAUUCCGAGAAGGCUGACAAGUUGAAGCAAUCUCUUCCCCCAGGUUUGAGUGUCCAAGAUCUGUAGACGACAUGAAAUGGAUUGUCAGCUGAGACGUUGAGAGUAAUUUCUUGGUUGAUGAAUUUAGAACUUGUCUCGACGAGCAAAACUCGUUUUUAGAUAAAAAGAUUAUUUCGACGUUCAUUUUUUUAGUGUUUCGCCUUGUUGUGUUCUUCACAUAGUUAUUUUGUAUCUUUGAAUAUUGAUCAUGUACCUAAAAGCGUGGUUAUUAGAAUCUCGAUUUUGGUCUACAAACAACGGUCCUACGAUAUAAAAUAAGCGACCCAUCCGAAUCGUACGUAGAAUCUUUUGAUAUUCACGUAAAAUAUUUUUAUUAUGAUUUCUAGAUUCAUAAUU